GCCGCCGCUCCGCCGCUGUCCGCCGGGGGGCCCCCGCGCGCGGGCGCUCGGCACAGGGGCCCGGGGAGGCGCCGCGGGAGCCGCGGGCGCGGGGCGAGCGCACUCGGGCCGAGCGGGCAGACAAAGGAGGCGGCGGGAUGGCCGGGCGCGGAGGCCGGGUGCUGCGGGCCGCGGCGCUGCUGGCCUGCGGCUGGCUGCUGCUGGGCGCGGGCGCGCAGGAGCCCGGGGCGGCGGGCCCGCGGCGGCGCCGGCGGCUGCAGCAGGAGGACGGCAUCUCCUUCGAGUACCACCGCUACCCCGAGCUGCGCGAGGCGCUGGUGGCCGUGUGGCUGCAGUGCACCGCCGUCAGCAGGAUCUACACGGUGGGCCGCAGCUUCGAGGGCCGCGAGCUGCUGGUCCUCGAGCUGUCCGACAACCCGGGGGUCCACGAGCCAGGUGAGCCCGAGUUCAAAUACAUUGGUAACAUGCAUGGCAACGAGGCUGUUGGCCGAGAACUGCUCAUUUUCUUGGCACAGUACCUGUGUAACGAAUACCAGAAGGGCAAUGAGACCAUCAUCAAGCUGAUCCAUGAGACUCGGAUUCACAUCAUGCCCUCCCUGAACCCCGACGGCUUUGAGAAGGCGGCAUCCCAGCCUGGUGAGCUCAAGGACUGGUUUGUGGGUCGAAGCAAUGCCCAGGGAAUAGACCUGAACCGCAACUUUCCUGAUCUGGAUCGGAUAGUUUAUGUGAAUGAGAAAGAAGGUGGUCCUAAUAAUCAUCUCUUGAAAAAUAUGAAGAAAAUCGUGGAUGAAAACACAAAGCUUGCUCCUGAGACCAAGGCAGUCAUUCACUGGAUCAUGGACAUCCCUUUUGUGCUCUCUGCUAAUCUGCACGGAGGAGACCUUGUGGCCAAUUACCCGUAUGAUGAGACUCGGAGUGGGAGCGCCCAUGAAUAUAGCUCUUGCCCAGAUGAUGCCAUUUUCCAGAGCUUGGCCCGGGCUUACUCUUCAUUCAACCCUCCCAUGUCGGACCCCAAUCGGUCACCCUGUCGCAACAAUGAUGAUGACAGCAGCUUUGUAGACGGAACAACCAAUGGCGCGGCCUGGUACAGUGUGCCUGGGGGAAUGCAAGACUUCAAUUACCUCAGCAGCAACUGUUUUGAGAUUACCGUGGAGCUCAGCUGUGAAAAGUUUCCACCUGAAGAGACUUUAAAGAGCUACUGGGAGGAUAACAAAAACUCCCUUAUUAGCUACCUUCAACAGAUUCAUCGAGGAGUUAAAGGAUUUGUCCGAGAUCUUCGAGGUAACCCAAUCGCUAAUGCCAGCAUCUCCGUGGAAGGAAUCGAGCAUGACAUUACCUCUGCAAAGGAUGGUGAUUAUUGGAGAUUGUUGGUACCUGGAAACUAUAAACUUACAGCCUCAGCCCCAGGCUACCUGGCCAUAACAAAGAAGGUGGCGGUUCCUUACAGCCCUGCUGUUAAGGUUGAUUUUGAACUGGAGUCAUUUUCUGAAAGAAAAGAAGAAGAAAAAGAAGAAUUGAUGGAAUGGUGGAAAAUGAUGUCAGAAACUUUAAAUUUUUAAAAAAGCUUCUAACUAGCUGCUUGUAAUCUAAUGUAGUAUUAUAUAACGUGGCCAUUUUCUUUUAGAUUUUGUGCAGUUAAUAUUUAACAUUUAUUUUUUCCAUUAAAUAUUAAUAGAUCUUAAAUAGACUCUUAGGUAAAAUAUAAGAAGUUGAUAUAUUUCUUCUCUUAUAGUACUUCAUUUUCCUACAUAUAUUACACAGAGGACUAUAGAAAAGAUAUGAGUGAUCUUGCCAUCUUGUGCUUAAAUACAAUAUCCAUGUAUUAUCUAUAACAUGUAUGUUUUGAGUAAUCUAGCUUUUAAAAAAUAGUGAAGUGCUUUUAACAUAAUUGGUGACAGUGUCAUAUUAGGAAUGCCACAGAAAAGGCCAGCAAUUAUGGCUUGGAAAGGGAAACACUAUAUACUGCAGGAUUUAAAUAAUACAGUAUAUAUUGUAUUUGUUUUUUGUGCUGACUAGCUAUAUAAGCAUGCUCCUCUUAAUGCAUUUUUUGAUGGGAAGAAAAUGUAAAUGUUUAGCAAGAAGUUUUAUGAAAGGAAUGAAAAUUGAUUUCUUGAUUGUACAUAGAGGGGACUGUAUGGUCAUGUUAUUCAGACUGUUCAUACUACUUCAGAACGUAAGGCUUUUCUCUUGGUUGUGGAUUGGCCCAAAAUUGUAUUCCAAAUGAAUAAAGGUUAAAAAUAUCUAUCAAAAAAGUA